AUGAAUAAUUUUUUAUCUUUUCAAAAUAUUUUUAAUGAACUAAAUGAAAUGAAUGAUGAAGAAUUGAAUCAAUUGAUAGAAUGUUUCCCAAAUGAAGCUGAAGACUUUAUAAUACAUAUUAGAAAUUCGAAUGAAGUUUAUGAAAGUAAAAGGAAUCAACAACGAAAUAUUAAAACAAAAUGUUAUAAACUUAUAUCUGAUUAUAAUAUUGAAUUACCAUCAUUUUAUCAAUCUACAACAUAUAGAAGUACAUAUUGUCAUAAUAAUAAUAAUAAUAGUAAUAAUAAUAAUUAUAAUGAUAAUGAAAAUAAUUCAAAGAUAAUAAAAUAUGAACCUGUAUUACGAUUUAGUGAAAUGCCUGUCUUCACAGACUCAAUUUUAUAUCCUGAUCAAAGUCGUAGAUUACAGAGUACAACACAUGAAACAUUUAUUGAAAAGCCAAUUCACCACAAUGAACCAGCGAAACCCACACCAACAAAUCUUCGCAUUGAAGGCGAACGCGAGUUUACAACUACGAAUAAAGCAGCUUACACCGUCAAGGCAAUUACUGGACGUCCAGCACGCAGACCAAAGAUUCCGAGUAUUCCAAUGACUCGUAUCAGUAAACCAUUUUAUGGAGAAACUCAAUUUCAUGCAGAUUUUCCUCCAGAACGUGCAUGGAAUAAUGUAGGUCAAAUGUGUUCGAUUAUAAAACAACCGUGUCAACCACCAAAAACUCAAAUUCAAUUAUAUGAAACAAAUGAACAUUAUUUUCAUACUGAACAACGUGAUCGUUUUCAAGGUCAUGAUGCUAAGGCUAAUCCGAAGCCUAAAUCAUGUAAACAUGAAACACCAGCUUACACCAAACCAACUGUAAAACUUGACUGUGACUCGGUGACUAAACUGGACUACCAACCGUAUACAACUGAACAAAUUCUCAGUGUGAACCCGAAAUUCAACUAUGGUCGAAAAACAAUUAAGAAUGGUGAUGAACAACACGUUAAACUUAAGCCAGAAGAAGUGAAAUUAUUGAAAAAGUAUUUAAAUGACUUGAAAUUAGCAAAGAACCAACAAUUACCAAAAAUUUAG